CAGUUUUGCGCCGACGAUCGUAGUUUCAGCAUUUGACAUGCGAGAAUGUUGCUUCACAAAAUUUCGGACUGUUGCUGUUGCCAUAAGCAUUAACGGUUACUCGUUCCAAGUAUAGCGUAACAUUAUGUAUUGAGUUGUACUGGUCUAUCGAUCUUUAAUUCAUCAAUCAUAAGUUCUCCAGCUUUAUUUCAGCUUUAUUUCUCAAUGACGAUCUCCCAAAAUGGAGUCCGCAGCAGUGGUUGCCACACCAUCAAACCCAACAUUUUCGCAUGCCUGCAAAGUACGAAUUCUAUUAUUUCAAUGGCCAUGGCCUAGGUAUUAUACCCAGACUGCUUCUCUCGCUUGGUGGAUUUGACUGGAAGGAUAAGUUUGUAGAAAACUGGAAAGAAGAAAAAGGGAAAACACCAUUCACCCAUGUUCCUGUAUUGACCGAGUACAAUGAAGAUGGUUCAAAGUUUGUUCUUGCUGAGGCAUAUGCCAUAUAUCGAUACUUGGCCCGUAAAAUGAACAUUGUAGGUGAAACAGAACACGAAGUUGCUCUGGUUGAACAAUACUGUUGCAGCUGGGAAGAAUUGCAUGACAAGUAUUGGCCACUCGUGUCUGAUUGGAAGAAGAUUCUCACUCCUGAGCAGUUCGACAAUCGCCUGAAGAACCUGUUGGAAACAGAAAUAAAGCCCAUCAUGACCAAACACGAAGAAGCUCUUGCAAAGAAUGGUACUGGAUUUUAUGUUGGUGAUAAGAUGACACUAGCUGAUAUUCAUGCAACCAUAAGCUUACCUUUAUUGAAUAUCGACGGAAACUUGGUAUCGAAGGAAACUCAUCCAAACCUCUUUGCUCUGCAGGAGAAGCUGAGCGCGAAUGAGAUCUUCCAAUCAGAAGCCAAGCGUUUUCCUUCAAACUCAUAGUGGAAUUUUGGUAUGCUCAAAGCUUGCCCACCGUCACUCUCCUGUGUAUGUCUGUGAAUCGACUUUACUAAAUAUCCUUUAGUACUCAUAUUUACUCCAGUUUUGUCAUAGUCUUCUUGCUCAAUAAAUGAUAAGAAUAACUUCAUUA